AUGGGAGAUUCAGGAAACAGCUCACAACCCAAAUAUGUGCCACUGUGGCAAUCGCUGAAGAAAUGGCCCAAAAUAGUCGCCUACAAUCUUGCUCUGAGCUCGGCCAUUCUACUGUAUGGCUAUGACUUUGUCAUCGUGGGCACUGUCUCUGCUAUGCCGGCAUUUCAACAUAAAUAUGGCAAGGAGCUCGACGGACAAUUCAUAAUCCCCGCGACUUGGCUUGCUCUUUGGAAUGCUGCUAGUCCCAUCGGUUGGAUGGUCGGGGCUAUCCUUGGAGGCUACUUCCAAGAUCGCGCCGGUCGUCGUCGCGCGCUUGCACUAGGAAGCUUCUUCUCAGCUGUUGCCGUGGCAAUCUGCUUCGUGUCGGAUCUUCCAGAUGCUAUUGAAUCCCGCCGCGGUGUUUUCUUCGCAGGCAAGCUCUUCCAGGGAGUUUGUAUCGGCAUGCUUCUCUGUGUUGUGCAAACCUACAUGUCCGAGGUUUUGCCAGUCCUCCUUCGAGGACCGAUUAUUGCAUUUCUCCCCGUCUUUACACUUCUCGGUCAACUCGUUGGUGCAGUCGUGGUGUACACCUCUCUAAAGUACCCGGGCUCUGAGAGUUAUCGUGUUUGCUUCGGCUCGCAAUGGCCAUUUUCCGCCGUACCUUUUGUACUAGCGGCUGUGCUACCUGAGAGCCCAACUUGGUUGGUUCGAAAAGGCCGCAUGGAAAAGGCGUUAAAGGCUCAACAAAGGCUUGAUACUGCUGGGAUCAACUCGGAGGCCAUCGUCGAGGAGAUCAAACUCUCCAUUCUCGCAGAGGAGGAGGAAGGAGGGUCUUACACGUAUAUGGAUUGUUUCCGGGGAAUUCACGCGCGGAGGACACUCAUUGUGGCCUUUGCCAGUGCAUUGCCGCAGUUUUUCGGACUGCAAUUGUUGGCUAACGCCUCGUACUUCGCUGAGCAAGUGGGCAUGUCAUCGACUAACGCCUUGACCUUUCUCAUUCUGGGAAUUGCGCUGGGGCUGGUUGCAAAUAUCGUCAGUCUGUGGGCGUUGAAUGCUUUUGGUCGAAGGUUUUUGUCGUUUACGACCAUGACAACAGCCACAGUCCUAUGGUUUGCCAUGGGUAUAGCAGGCUGUUUUGCUUCGAUCGUGACUAUCUGGUAUACUGCUGUGACAAUGAUGAUAGUUACAAUUGUCUGCGGCUUGGGAAUCUGGCCUGCGUCGCAUGUUGUCGCGGCCGAAGCCUCCUCCUUACGAUUGCGCGCGAAGACGCAGGGAAUCGGUUGGUUUGUCAGCGGAAUCACCAGCGGGGUGUUUUCAAUUAUAUUGCCCUACUUCUACAACGCAGAUCAAGGGGACCUCAAGGCAAAGACAGGGUUUGUGAUGGCCGGGUUUGCGUUACUUGGUGUGGUCGGAGUGUGGCUCUUCAUCCCGGAGAUGAAAGGUCGAUCCCCGAUGGAGAUAGAUCGCAUGUUCGCCUUGCGGUUGCCAACCAGAGCAUUUAAGCAUUGGGCAAGCGAUGUGAUUAUGGAGAAAAACGUUGUUGAUCAGCGCCCUCCAGGCAAUUAUGCGGAAUGUGCUUCAGAAAAUGCUUGA